AUGGCGAGUUUGGCGAUAGCUCUUGACGCAAAUCCGACGAGAAGACGGGUUCACAGUGAAGAGUUGAGACGACUGGGAGGUGAUCAGACUUCAGCACAAAUGGAUCAAGGGGCUCUGGACAAAGCUGAUAGACCUUUGAAGCAUAAGCAAGACAAAGAUGAAUUCUUGAAGAGGUUUGCUAGGAAAGUAGCAGUAAUCAGUAUUGACGCUGGUGCAUUUCAUUAUUUGCUUUAUCCCCUUCUAUAUGCCCAUAUACGGCUAGCAACUGAUAUGAUCAACAUCACUUCUGUGGGAGUCAGUAAAAGACAGUUUAGUGGUCUAAUUGAUGUUUGCAGAAAAACCAUUAAAACGGAUGGCAUUAUUGGACUCUACCGUGGUUGUAACAUCUUAUAUGUCAAGUAUUGGUUGGAUAUUGCAGCCAUGCAUGGACUUGUUUCGAUAAUGCCAAAAUUUAUUGAAUUACUCGGGUCGCAGUAUUAUUCUUGGCGUCCUGAAGUAGUUGCACCUGUGAUAGUAACUUCUGCUUGGGUGGUUACGUACCCAUUGGAUACUAUACAUUGCAGAAUGGUGAUGAGAUCAGGAGAAGCCGUCAAGUACAAGAGUUCAUUCGAUGCAUUUUCUCAAACGCUGAAAACAGAGGGUGUUAGGUCUCUUUACAAAGGUGCAAGUUUAUUAAUCCUUAAAAAUACUGCCCUUGGUCUUGGUUUUGUGCUGGGAAGUUUCAGUUAUUUAGAGCACAAGUAG